UUAUUGAUCCUCCAUCCCGCCCGCGUCGUCAUAGGGUCUCACCACCUCGGGGGACCCCCUGCUUCUGAGAUAGUGCCUGCCGCCCCCAUCGUCAUUUGCAGCCCUGUCAACCUUUGCCCUCUCACCCUUUAUUUUGAUGUCGCUUGCUUGGCUGACCAAAAUUAGCACACAGAUGCUGGGGGGAGAACGGGCCAAAAACUUGGAGAUGAGGAAAUCUCCAGUCGCCCCAGCACUCCCAUACUCUGAUCGCAUCACGCGUCUGACCUGUCUCCUUGUCGCGAAUACUCGAAAAACUUGCUCCGAGUAUGAUAUUAUACUGGUAAAUUCUAGUAAGUUGGGCAUGGUAGGGUGGGAGGAGGAGGAGGGGGGAGUGAUGGAUGAUGGGGUAGUGCAAUGUGAGUGAGGAGGCCAGUGAUAGGAUCGGGUCGUCCUGGUCAGUAAAGUAGUUGUUGUCUUUCGGCAGAGCGAGCGGGCGAGCCUCAGUGAGCCUCCACUCUUAGGGGUUUUUUCGACAGGAAAAAGUUGUAGGCAGGAAAAGAAAUCAGGACUUGGGAAUUCGAGAGGACUGGAAGGAGACCGUCAAGGUUUUUUAUCCCCAAGCUUCCCUCCCGUUCCCCUCGCCCCUCCGUCAAUCUUCCUCGAGAGAUCGCCUCUGGCGGAUGUACAAACCUUGCCCGAGAGUGUCCAUCGUUUCAGCAUUUCAGAGAGGCCGCUUCCAAUCCUACGGGACAUCACCUUUCCAUUUGUCCAUCAUCAAUACGAGGCACAUUCAACAUCCAAAAUCUGUCAUCGGCUGCGGCAUCGGAUAUCAUCAGAAGGGUCAACAUCUCCGCUAUCAAACAGCAUCCUUGACCUUACAGCACGGUUCCAAUAUUGAAGUAGGGCUUGGGGAGUACCAAGAGGUACCAAGAUAUCCGCAUCGACAGGAAGGAAAGGAUUAGGUUGCGGCUACCUUACCAUAUUAUUUAUCUUUCUUUUUUUUUCUUCGGCUUCCGUAUCUUGAACGGCGACUCUAAUAAUUCUUGGUCUUGCUCUCUCUCCUUCUCUCUUUUUUUUUUUCUCUCUUCCCUCUUGUCGAGAAGCAGACAGGUGCCGAGAGCGAAAUUUCGGUGGUGUCUCCUUGCGUCGCAGCCCCCAAUCGCUGGACCGGUUUAAAAGAUAGCUAGGUAAAUUCCCCCGUUCAUGCCUAUGUUUACCCCUUUCAAAAGUAUUUUGCCUAUUUCGUCCCACCACCUUGGGAAUAUUAUCUAUUUGUGGCCUUGGUGACUUACUCCAUCACCAUUGCUUUGUUUUGCUUUGAGUUCUGCGGUACUUCAUUGCUCUUCCUUACUUUGCUUGUUUUUUUUGUUGUGUUUUGCUCUGCUCUGCAUUCUUUUUGUUUUGCCAUACGCAUAUUCCGGUAUUGCUCUCACCGCGUGUCCUUCGCGGACGGGGCUCGUUUUCUAAUGAUUUUUUAGACUUGUUUCCUUUCCCUUCCUCUCCUUUUCCCUCUCCCUGCUCUCUUGAGCUCCCAGAAAUGGUUGUUGAGGGCAAACCGGAAACUGCCCUCCUCUCCGUUGCUCCAGUCCAACGCUUGCCCCUUCUCGGUUCCCGGCCAAAGAGCACAGGCUUGCACACUCUUCAGUAACAGGCAUCACUCCCAUCCCUCUCCUCUACGUUCCACUCACCCUUUCCCCAUCCACCCAUCCACCCAUCCACCCCCCCCCCCCUCCACCACCCUCCCAUCAAUCCCUGCUUGUAGAGGUGGGAGGGGGAAGGGCAGCCGUUCGCUGGCAUUGUACCCUACUCUACACUAUCUGCUUGCUCCUACCGUACGGUAGUUUGCUUAGUUGCCCUCUCAUUGCUGUGCUGAUUUCUUGCUGCUCGGCUGCCAUACUUUUAAGGUCCCUCUUGGUACUUGCUCUCCUCCAGAAGCUAACUUACAUGGGCGCAUAAGCACGCAGGCAGCCUCCCCGUUAAAAGGGAAUAAUUUCAGAAGAAAAAAAGAAAAGAAGAAAAAAUAGGAAGAAGCAGGAGAAUAUAUAUAUAUAUAUAUUUACUACUUAUCCUGAGAAUAAUAUCUUGCUCGGUUCCCGCACCGGAGGAAAAAAGGGAAGGAAAAAAGGAAAGAAAGAUUUCGUGUCCAAACUAAACGUUUGACAGCUGCGUUGUGAUCGUCCCUCAUCUCUGCGUCUUCUUCCCCUCGUCAACCUUUUCGGACGAUCCACCGAACAUCCUUUGGACUGGAGUAGGAAACUUCUCUUCGAAGGUACCGUGCUUCUCCUGCUCUUCUUGCUACACUCUGCUCCUCUCCCAAAGUUCAACCGGGCUUACGCACGAUAGCUACCAGAGUACACUUUUACCCCCCAGUGCACAUCCGAUAUCCGCUACCCCACGGCUUCCCAUCUUAAUAUAUCUAUCCACCACCCAUCGACUGACACCUCGAACUUCCUCUGUCAUAAGACACUGUCUUCCCCGUCGUUCACCUGUCCAUCCUGCUGCGCAAUCACAGUCUGAUCGACCUUCUUCGCUCAUUCACCUGCUAUACUCUGCGCUCUGCUGUUGGAUGAUCUUGAACAUCGUCGGGUCUUUUUGCGCCAUCCGAUCUUUACUCCUCGUCCAUACACCUGAAUAUUGUUAAGGACUAUCGGGAGUAACUCAGCCACUGCCUUGCACCAAUCCCCUUCUCUUCCCGCCUACUCGCAUUCCGUUCAAUACAUCUUCGCAAUGGCUAUUGAGAACAGACAACGACACCCACUGCAUAGCGGUACCUUUGGCGGCUUCCAACCUCCAAAUCUGGGACCGGUGCAGUUCACAAACCCUUGGACAUCCGCCUCUCCCCAAAACCACUUAAUCCCAUCCAUCCCUGAUGUUGGUGGCCUGGGUUCGUUAGUAAAGCCGGACCUGCGCAGCAGCACUGUUUCCGCCUCCUAUCAGACCAUUCCAACAACUGCCGGCAUUCCCACAUCUAACCCUGGGCGGAACAUGUCUUCCCCUACUCUUCUUCCACACCAUAGCGACUUCAUGAAGGGUGACUUGUUGAGCUUCAACGCCAACUCCCCCUUCGGAGGAGACAUAAGCAUGUCUGGUUCCUCGGCACCUUCCCCCACAGCUGUUACUUCGUACAGUGGUGUGCAUUCCUUUGCGCCUACAUUAGACUUCUCUACCCACCACAGCAGAACAUCGUAUCCAUUGAGCAACAACGAUCGGCGCAUGUCACAACCAGCCAUGUCUAACACUAUGUUUUUGGGCUCACCCGUAGAGCCUCCACGACAGCGACAAAACUCGUUGAUGGAAUGGACUUCAAGCAGGCCGCUGGCCCAACCGCCUCGAAGCACGGAUCACCAUCAAUUUUCGGAUACACUCGACUCUGCUCGCGGGAUGGUUGCCAUGAGUCAGGCAUCACGCCAACCCAGAGGACGGGCCGAUGGUUCUCACAACUUUUAUCCCGGCCACUCAACCAAUUCAUCCAUCUCGUCGACCGGAUCGUAUAACGGAUAUUAUGGUGGUGGAUCCGUGGACUCUUCUGCGACAGACUACUCAGACUCCACCGGCUUUCCAUCAGAAGCUCCACGCCCCACCCUCCCAAGGCUGGGCACUGGCAUUCAUAGCGUGCCCGGCCAAGGCGCGCUCAUGACUACCUUCAGCUCCAAGAUCACAUCGAGUACACAGAAGAAGCAUAAGUGCAAGGUUUGUGAGAAGAGGUUUACCAGACCUAGCUCGCUACAAACACACACGUACAGCCACACUGGGGAAAAGCGUAGGCGCCCUGAUUUCCCAUCGUAUCUUUUCUUUUUGCAAGGAUUACAAAGCUUACAACGGUCUAUUUAGCAUUUGCCUGCGAGGUCGAUGGCUGUGGCCGGAAAUUUUCUGUGGUAUCAAAUCUUAGACGGCACAAGAAAGUCCAUAGCAGCAAAAACCCGUGAUUGGGAGAUCUCGCUCGAUUUUUCCUUCCCACAAAGAAAACGGGAGUAAUCCGGACCACGGCUCUUGCUGGAAGUGCUUUCUAUCUUUUUUUAUAGUCUCUGCUGAUCUGGUUUCGGUUCCAUGGACGGGUCUUCAUUUUUUAUAACCCUCCCUUUCCAACCGCGAGGAGGAGAAAAUUGCUACAGAAAAAUUAUCUCAGGCCUACGGAGGUGUGGCGAUACCAUAGAUGUAUUGGCAGAUUUGGGUUUUCACAUUUUCUUCCUUGGUUACCCCUUAUUCAUUUAUUUUGCUCUUCUUGUGUUUGCUUUUUUACAUCAAGUGACAGGAGCCUGUUUCGGGUUGUUGGCGCUUGGUGUGUGUGUAUGAUUUUCAUUCACGGUUGACCUUUUUAACCUUUCUUCAGGGAGCGUGCUCAUCAUUAUUUACUUUUAUUUAUUUUUGUAUGUACACUUUGUACCUUCUAGGGUUUCUCGUUCUGGUUGGUUGGGAGUGCAUUAGUUCUGUCGUUACCGGGUUUUGGGUGUCUGGUAAUUAUUUGAUUUUUUUUUCUCCCCUUACCCAUCUGCUCAUUGAAUUUUGUUACUCCCUUCCGUCUUGCCUUUUGACCAAGUUUGCUUUUUGGAUGUGCAUUUUAUUUCACUUGAUGUUUCUCCGUUCUGCUAAGUCUAUCCGGGAGGGGACAGCCUACAGCAUAGGGUUUUUUUUGGGGGGGUGGGAAAAAUGGAAUCGCAAGAGCGGGCUGUGAAUUAUUUAUUAUGUAUACUAGUUUUCUUUUUUCCUACCGUGCUUCCUUUACAGUAUCUUGCGGACCCUGCUAUGGCGGAGAAGAAAAACAAAAAACUCGCCGUGAUACAAGGAUGAUUAUAAUGAUCGGAAUGACUGAUUUCUUCUGUCUGUCUGUCUGUUUGUCUGUUUCUCUUCUUUUUUUUUUUUUUUUUUUUCUUCUUUCUUUCCAUCUACCGCAUUUACUUACAUACCAUAUUCAGUUUUCCUGUAAUUUGAUUAGAGGAGGGGGGGGUUGGAUGGAUGGAUGCUACCGUGUUUUACCAGUAUGAUAAGUUAGUCUAAGAGCACUACUGGUACCAGAAUGCGAGUGCGGAAGCGUAUUUUAUUUUA